CCAGCCAAGCGCGGAAAUGUCAAUUUCGCAAAUUCGUUUAAAUAGCCAACAAUAAAACGGGCUGCAUAUUUGCAUGAAAUCCAAUCAAACGGACAAUUAAAUGUUACGAAUGGCAAUUAAUUAAGCACUGUUGUGUCAGCAGCAAGGAAGAGAAGAGCAUUCGAAAAGUGCGCAGUAAAAAUCAAUAACUGUAAGUGGCACAGAGAACACGCACACACAUGUAAAACGCGCAGCCUGUGAGCAACAAGCACCCCCACACACACGCACACACACACACACACAGGCACACACAAUGUCCGACGAAGAAGAAGAAUCCUUGUCCGAGGGCUUUUCCGCCAGCGAGGAGGAUGAAUGGAAACCGGGCAAAGAUGCACGCGGCGGCGAAUCCUCCGAUGACGAUGACAGCGAAUUUGAGGAGACACUCGGCGGUGCGGCAGCUGCAGCCAGCGCCAGUGGCCGCUCCUCGGCGUGCGCAGCCAAAAAGAGGGAACAAAAGCCGCCCAGCGGCAUUAAGGGCGCCUCUGUGAAGAAACGCAAGCCGAGCGGCCAAUCGCUGCGCUCCAAGCUCUACAACAAAUAUCGUCCGCCGCCCAAAACAUUUCCCACAUCGCCCACACAGAACUCGCCGACGGCAUCGGGUUCUGCCAGCCGCUUGACGGCCUCAAAAAACGCCAAAACGCCCAAUGAAAGCAACCAAGCUGACUCCAGCAGCGAAUCCAGUGUCGAGGAUUAUCUGGUCAAUCCCGCUGAUAUUGAUCUGCGCUCCAGUUUCUUUACGGCCAGUAAAGAAAAAUCGCCAGCGCCGCAAUUCGAUUGCAAUGCGGGCAUCACAAAUCUAUCCGAUUCUGGCUCCGGCUCCGAGGAUAACAACGACAGCAGCUUUGAGGAUAAUAAUGCCGGCAAAGCCUUCGAUUUUCGUGACCUGCUCGAGAAUGCCAAUAGCCUGGAGCGCACCCGGGCCGCGCUGCUCACCAAGCGCAAUGCCACGGCCACGCCCCCACCGCUACCAGGCAGCCAGGGCAACGCUGCAGCCAUGGAUGUCAACGCACUGCUUGCAUUGGGCGAGAACCAAAACUACGCUAACGAGCCGGACAAACAACGCGAACGUCGACGUUCCUUAGCUGGGGCAGCUGCUGGCGGCGCCGGAGGAGCACAGCCGCCGCCAUUGGAUGCACCGUCGCGUCUCAGCAAAACCAAGUCGACGCGCAUUAAGCGGCACACGAAAACGCGUCCUGCGUCCACUGUGCUAGCUGCUGGCGGCGACUCCGAUGACUCUGACUUUGAGGAAGUUGCAGACGCUCAGCUGAGCAGCGACGACCAGGAGAAGGAUGCCGCCGCCACGCCCAAUGUCUCUGGUGAUCUGGAGAUUCAUGUGGGCCUGCCAACGCGCACUCUGACCAAGGAGCAGAAAACCCAGCAUGAACUGGAGCUGGCGCUGAAGCGUCGCAUGAAUCGCGACAUCAAGGACCGCCAGCUGUUGAUGCACAAGGUCAGCCUGUUGUGCCUCAUAGCGCGCAGCCUAAAGUACAAUCGCCUGCUCGCGGAUACCAGCCUGAUGCAGGCCGCACUGAAGCUGCUGCCCAGCCGGAAUGCCUAUCCCACGGAAAAGGGCGUUGAGCUCAAGUAUCUGCAAUCCUUUGUCACCUGGUUCAAAACGGCCAUCAAGCUGCUGAGUCAGGAUCUGUAUGCCGCCAAGGCAACGGCUGGCUCAAAGCGCGCCAUUAUCGAGGAGCUGCUGGCGCAGAUUAAGCGCAAGGAGGCGCGCUGCAAACAGGACAUGAUCUUCAUAUUCAUUAUACUGGCGCGCGGCAUGGGCAUGAAUUGUCGCUUGAUUGUCAAUCUACAGCCCAUGGCGCUGCGGCCGCAGGCAAGCGAUCUGAUACCCAUUAAACUGAAGCAGGAGGAGAAGAACAAAAGUGGAACUAUUAAAAGCGAAGCUGACGAGGAUGAGGAGGAACAAUCGGACAGCAAAAGCAGCAAGACAAAGGCUCACAAAAGCAGCUCAAAGGCGGCCAGAACAACCGUCAAAGAUUCCAGCAGCAAGAGCAGCCCUGCAGCCGCAUUCGCAGCUAAAGCGGAAUCGAAGCCCAGCUCCAGUGUCCCAGCAAAAGCAGCCAAAAAGCUAACUGAAGAGCACAAAAAAGACCCCAGCACCCAAUCGACGACCAAGUCCAGCGCUAAGUCCAAUUCCAAAACAGUUUCUACAACCAAAGCAGAAGCGAAGUCCAGUUCCAAGGAACUAAGUGAACGGCCCAAGUCCAGCGCCCACAGCAAAGCCAAAGCCAAAGCCGUCGAGAGCAGCUCGAAGCCGGAGGUUGAGGUCAAGCCAAGCGGCUCACAAGGCAGGGGGGAUAGCAACCCGGCCAAGGACAAGCCGCAGAUUGGGCGACUCAAACGCGCGCCCCAGUUGCCCGUUGCAGAAGCAACCAAGAAACCGAGGCUGGAGCAGCUGAAGCCUGAAUUUACGCCCGUGGCGCGACGCACACGCAAAGCAUCUGCAGAUACGGAAAAGGCGGCAUGCGAGGAAGUCUCGUAUCCGGCAGCCAAGAUAGGCUCACCUGUCGUACCUAAGCUGGUGUUGCCAAAAAAUGCCAUGCAUAGCGAUGCAGAGAACGCCAAUCCUGGCCGGAAUCAGCAGCGUGUCACACGCUCACGCAGCAAGUCGCCCAAGGUGCACAUCUCGCCGGUGUUCCUAAAGGGCGACCAGAAUGCGCCUGUGGCAGCCACAACGAAAAGUGCAGCGCCGCGUCGCAGUCAGGAUGCAAAGGCCAAAAUAUCGCCCACGUUUUUGACCAAAGCAGAAGAACCGAAACGGGAGCUGCGAACGCGCCAGCAAAAGGCCAAAGCGCUGGCCAUACCCCAGCUUGAUGGCGGCGACGAUAGCUUGCCCUUGCCCAAGAAGCGACCCAAGCUGGAGAAGUUGCAGAAAUCGCAGAGCCAGGGCAGCGAAUCCGCUUCCACUUCCGCGUCCGACUCCACGCCCAACAGGGCCAUAAAGAAGGCGCCUGUGCUGCCCAAGGCAGUGCAGCAGCUGCGCAAGGAUCGUCGCGUGCUCUCCACCGAUGAUGAAGGCGUCAAGGAGAAACGCAAAACAACUGCCUCCGAUAUGUGGGUGGAGGUAUGGUCCGAGGUGGAGGAGCAGUGGAUAUGCAUAGAUCUGUUUAAGGGCAAGAUUCACGAUGUGGAUUCAAUCCGGAGAAAUGCCUCCUCCAAUCUGGCCUAUGUUUUCGCAUUCCAAGACGAUCUCAGUCUUAAGGAUGUGACGGCCCGAUACUGUCCCAGCUGGACGACCACGGUGCGGAAGUCGCGCGUGGAGAAGGCUUGGUUGGAUGAGACACUGGCGCCCUAUUUGGGCAGGCGGACCAAGCGCGACAUACGCGAGGAUGAGCAGCUGCGUCGCAUACACUCUGACAAGCCGCUGCCGAAGUCCAUAUCCGAGUUCAAGGAUCAUCCGCUGUACGUGCUGGAGCGUCAUCUGCUCAAAUUCCAGGGCAUCUAUCCGGCAGAUGCGCCCACACUGGGUUUUAUACGUGGCGAGCCUGUCUACUCGCGCGACUGCGUCCAUCUGAUGCACUCCCGCGAUAUUUGGCUAAAAAGCGCGCGUGUCGUGAAGCUGGGCGAGCAGCCCUACAAGAUUGUCAAGGCGCGGCCCAAGUGGGAUAAGCUCACGCGCACUGUCAUCAAGGAUCAGCCGCUGGAGAUCUUUGGCUAUUGGCAAACGCAGGAGUACGAGCCGCCCACCGCCGAGAACGGGCUGGUGCCGCGCAACGCGUACGGCAAUGUGGAGCUCUUCAAGGCCUGCAUGCUGCCCAAGAAAACAGUCCAUCUCAGACUGCCAGGCCUGAUGCGCGUCUGCAAAAAGCUGAACAUCGAUUGCGCCAAUGCUGUGAUUGGUUUCGAUUUCCAUCAGGGCGCCUGUCAUCCCAUGUACGAUGGCUUUGUCGUUUGUGAGGAGUUUGGCGAGCUGGUCACCGCCGCCUGGGAGGAGGAUCAGCAGGAGCAGGCGCGCAAGGAGCAGGAGAAAUACGAAGCGCGCGUCUACGGCAACUGGAAAAAGCUCAUCAAGGGCCUGCUCAUACGCGAGCGUCUCAAGCGAAAAUAUAAUUUCUAAAUUGAAUUCAUUUUCAAAUUUGUUUUUUUGUUUUUUUGCUCUGUUUAACGU